AUGCUGCUACCCGUGCCGCUGCUGCUCGGCCUUCUCGGCCUGGCUGCCGCUGACCCCACCGUUUACUUCAAGGAGCAGUUUCUGGACGGAGACGGGUGGACCGAGCGCUGGAUCGAAUCCAAACACAAACCGGAUUUUGGCAAAUUCGUUCUCAGUUCCGGCAAGUUCUAUGGUGACCAGGAGAAAGAUAAAGGCCUGCAGACUAGCCAGGAUGCCCGGUUCUAUGCUCUGUCGGCGAGAUUCGAGCCCUUCAGCAACAAGGGUCAGACGCUGGUGGUGCAGUUCACGGUGAAACACGAGCAGAACAUCGACUGUGGGGGCGGCUAUGUGAAGCUGUUUCCAGCUGGUUUGGACCAGACAGACAUGCACGGAGACUCCGAAUACAACAUCAUGUUUGGUCCGGACAUCUGUGGCCCCGGUACCAAGAAGGUUCAUGUUAUCUUCAACUACAAGGGCAAGAAUGUGCUGAUCAACAAGGAUAUCCGCUGCAAGGACGAUGAAUUCACCCACCUGUACACGCUGAUUGUGCGGCCUGAUAAUACCUAUGAGGUGAAGAUUGACAACAGCCAGGUGGAGUCAGGCUCUUUGGAGGAUGAUUGGGAUUUCUUGCCACCCAAGAAGAUAAAGGAUCCUGAUGCUGAUAAGCCUGAAGACUGGGACGAUCGCGCCAAGAUCGAUGACCCCACAGACUCCAAGCCUGAGGACUGGGACAAGCCUGAGCACAUUCCUGACCCUGAUGCUAAGAAACCCGAGGACUGGGAUGAAGAGAUGGACGGAGAGUGGGAACCACCUGUUAUUCAGAACCCAGAGUACAAGGGGGAGUGGAAGCCCAGGCAGAUCGACAACCCAGAUUACAAGGGCAUUUGGAUCCAUCCAGAGAUUGACAACCCUGAGUAUUCCCCUGACAGCAACAUAUAUGCCUAUGAAAACUUCGCUGUUCUAGGCUUGGAUCUUUGGCAGGUCAAGUCUGGCACCAUCUUUGACAACUUUCUCAUCACCAACGAUGAGGCAUAUGCUGAGGAGUUUGGCAACGAGACGUGGGGUGUUACAAAGGCAGCAGAAAAGCAAAUGAAGGACAAGCAGGAUGAAGAGCAGAGGCUAAAGGAAGAGGAGGAGGAGAAGAAAGGCAAGGAGGAGGAGGAGGCAGACAAAGAUGAGGAGGAGGACAAGGAUGAGGAUGAGGAGGAUGAAGAUGAGAAGGAAGAGGAGGAAGAAGAAGAUGCUGCCGCUGGCCAGGCCAAGGAUGAGCUGUAG